AUGACGAUAUCUCGAGACAUUACGAAGGACAUGAAUAUGAAUCGUCCAAUAUCUGCAACUGAACAAAAUAUGAAUAUCUCAAGAUCUACGGAAGAAAAUGAUGAAAAGGAGGAGGAGGAACCGAACCCUUUUUCACAAUAUUAUGGAAUGCUACUGCAUCAGCAAAAUAUGCUGCAGGACCACGUACGUACGGGCACAUAUGAACGGGCAAUGCUAUCGAACGUUUCAGACUUUCAGGAUAAAGUGGUAUUGGAUGUCGGUACUGGAUCAGGUAUCUUGGCUUUUUUUGCCAUCAAGGCUGGUGCACGUAAAGUGUACGCCGUGGAACUAAGCAACAUGGCUGACUGUGCUCGUGAAUUGGUAGUUGCCAAUGGCCUCAGUGAUCGUAUUAUAAUUAUCAAGGGUAAGAUGGAGGAGGUGCAGCUUCCGGAACAAGUAGAUGUGGUAGUAUCGGAGCCUAUGGGCUUUUUUCUCGUGCACGAACGCAUGCUUGAAACGUUCGUAGCUGCCGGUAAAAAGUGGCGACGACAAACACCGGACUUUAAAAUGUUCCCGUCAAUUGGCACUAUGUUCAUGUCGCCGUUCUCAGAUGAAAGUAUCUACCGAGAACAGAUGGCCAAGGCAGCGUUCUGGCAACAGCAGGACUUCUACGGCGUGAAUCUAUCGAGUCUUCGGGCGCGAGCAAUGGACAACCAUUUCUCGCAACCGGUAGUCGGGUACUUUCCACCAGAAAUGUUACUAAGCUCGCGUCCCGCUGAACACGUGCUCGACUUUGCAGAUGUGACGAAAGAACAGCUCGAUACCUUUGACUUUCCAUUCCACUUCGUGAUUGAGCGUACCGCGAUCAUGCACGGUCUAGGCUGCUGGUUCACGGUCGACUUCCUGGGGUCGGAUGCACGAGUCGUGCUCAGCACAGCACCACAGGACACAGGAACACAUUGGUAUCAGUGCCGACUACUACUAUCUACCCCAAUCGCUGUUAACGCAUUGCAGAGCGUCACUGGCAAUCUUCACUUUGUGGCGAACAAGAAGUUUAGCUAUGACAUCGACCUCGAAGUUCAUCUCGAUGGGACUUCCAUCGUGUCAAGGAACCAUAUUCGACUGCACGACCAGAUGUACCAUUAUCUGUACUCGCCUGGUGCAGGAAGAGCACAUGCAUCGUAA